AUCGAACGUAUCAGAUCGAGAGCACGCUACGCCUACGCGGGAGGGUUCCUCCUCCUCCGCCCCCCAUCCAUCCAAAUCCAAUCGCCGUCGUCGAUCCCCUCAGCCCUGCUGCCGCCGCCCCCUUUCAGCGCAAAUCGUCGAUUUCCCCCGCCUCCAUCUCCCGCCGCUCGCCGCCGGGACCCCGCACCGCAAAUCGUCGUCCUGCCUGCAUCUUCGAUUCCCUCCGCCGCCCGUGGUUCCGCUCCUUAGCUGCCCAUCUUCACAUCUCCCUCAAGCUACAAAAAAAUACUCAGGUUUCAGAUCAUUUUUCGAGGUUGGAAUUGCUGCAGGAUCAAGCGAAGCCUCGUCAGGCCAUGCCCUCGUCUCAUUCCUCAGCUUGCAGAGUCCAGUUCCAAGCAGUCUUUUUUGUGCUUGCAGUUGAAUACUACCGUGCAUUUGGUGGAAGAACAUAAUCCUACCUCUUGGUGUCUGCCUCCUAAUAAAGGACUCCAGUAUCAGUUGGGGCUUGUGAAUUAUGAUACUUUAUGAACCAUAUUGUGAAACAGGAGGAGGCUGUCAAUAUAUUGGUAGCUCUAAUAGUGGCGUACUUUGAGUAGAAUUGAGGGAGACAAGAGAGAACAAUGGAAUUGGCAGAGCAGCUGUACUCAGUUUUCAGGAGCUAUGCGCCCCCUAUUUGGGCUUCAAUCACCGCUGGCAUUUUUGUCAUCACCUCGCUUUCACUAUCUCUGUUCUUGCUGUUCAAUCAUCUGUCAGCCUACAAGAACCCAGAGGAGCAGAAGUUUCUUGUCGGUGUUAUUCUCAUGGUCCCAUGCUAUGCGGUCGAGUCGUACAUAUCAUUGGUGAAUCCAUCAAUUAGUGUUGAUAUUGAGAUUCUGCGAGAUGGCUACGAGGCAUUUGCUAUGUACUGUUUUGGGCGGUAUCUAGUUGCUUGCUUAGGUGGGGAAGAUAGGACAAUUGAAUUUCUGAAGAGGGAAGGCAGUUCAGGUUCUGAUGUACCACUUUUAGACCAUGAAACUGGACAACGAUAUGUGAACCAUCCUUUUCCAAUGAACUACAUGCUGAAACCUUGGCCUCUAGGAGAAUGGUUCUACUUGGUUAUUAAGUUUGGGCUUGUUCAAUAUGUGAUAAUAAAGACAAUUUGUGCUAUUCUUGCGGUGAUUCUUGAAUCCUUUGGAGUGUACUGUGAAGGAGAGUUUAAGUGGAACUGUGGGUACUCUUACACUGCUGUGGUUCUCAAUUUUAGUCAGUCAUGGGCCUUGUAUUGUCUGGUUCAGUUCUAUGCUGCCAUAAAGGAUGAACUAGCCCAUAUAAAGCCUCUUGCAAAGUUUCUGACAUUCAAGUCUAUAGUCUUCUUAACAUGGUGGCAAGGUGUGGUGAUUGCAUUGCUGUACAAUUGGGGCUUGCUAAGAGGUCCUAUUGCUCAAGAGUUGCAGUUCAAGUCCAGUAUUCAGGACUUCAUUAUCUGCAUAGAGAUGGGAGUUGCUUCUAUUGCCCACCUGUAUGUGUUCCCUGCCAAGCCAUAUGAGAUGAUGGGUGAUCGUUUCAUUGGAGGGGUUUCAGUUCUCGGAGACUAUGCUUCAGUUGAUUGCCCUCUAGAUCCAGAUGAAGUUAAGGACAGUGAGCGACCAACCAAGACUAGGCUUCCCCAGCCAGGCGAUCGUGUCAGAUGCUCCACUGGCAUAAAAGAAAGUGUUCGUGACGUCGUACUUGGAGGAGGAGAAUAUAUUGUGAAUGACCUGAAGUUCACCGUCAAUCAUGCUGUGGAACCAAUCAAUGAAAAGCUGCACAGGAUAUCACAGAACAUCAAAAAGCAUGAGAAAGAAAAGAAGAAAACAAAUGACGAUAGCUGCAUAAAUUCACAACAAUCCUUGAGCAGGGUAAUCAGCGGUAUUGACGAUCCUCUCCUGAAUGGGAGCUUAAGUGAUAAUAGUGGUCAGAAGAAAUCACGGAAGCAUCGCAGGAAAUCUGGGUACGGGAGCGCAGAGAGUGGAGGAGAGAGCAGUGAUCAAGGAUUAGGUGGGUAUGAAAUCCGAGGGCACAGAUGGAUUACUAGGGAGUAAGGAUUAAUGCUCUGAAACAUGAAUUUCUUGGUCUGGAUCUUCCUUGGAGGCUAAAUGCUUACUACCACGCAAACAGAUGACAGAGACUCGAAUUAGGUUGAAACCUAGGAUCUCUUUGUGAGGACACUGCAAUGCUGCAGAUUGAGCUAGCAGAUGACAUUAUCUCCAGGUUGUUCAACUGACAUUUCAGAUGCUAGGGUCUUGAUGAUAAACAUUGCAGGCAUGCAUGCAUCAAAUUGUGAAGCAUGGCAGGUUAACUAAUUCAUGCUUGCAUUAUCAGUUGUAAAGGACAGUUUUUUCCACAAAAGUAUAUAAGAUUCUGAUUUGAGGAAGAAAUGUCUUGCAAGCUUUGUUUUUGGUGUUGUCAAGUUUUUGUUAUAUGUACUUACAGUAUAUUGUUCAUUCUUUCAUUCAAAUAAAUUAUAAAGGAGGGCGUCCUUUUACCUCCCUGGCA